AUGCCCUGGGCUUCCUUCCCGGCCAGCCAGCGCUUCGCAUCUCGUCUUCUCUUCAUUUCUCUUCAUCACUUGAGGGACCACAAACCCGGGAGCGUACUCUCGGUUCGCAUCCCGCCUCCCUCGAAAGUCAUGCAAGAGCAAGGUGCCUUGCUGCCUCCGGCAGCUCCGGCCAUGGAGGAGCUGGAGCCGCUUCCUCGGGUGAGCCUCUCGGCGCUGCCAACAGGUUGA